CCCAGCGCCAACCUCCAUAGGUUUCUUUCUCAUAUGCACAGGUCUUGCUUCAUCUCUCAUGACAAGAUAGGCUUCUACGUCCACGGCUCUAUAUGACAAUAGCGCCAACAAGCUAUAGAGACUGCCCAAGAUGUACGACUAUGCUUUUGUUCACUUAAAAUUCACGGUACCCGUGGCGGUACUUCUCACCGCUAUCGCCUAUCCUAUUCUCAACAGGAUACAUCUCAUUCAAACAGGCUUCCUCGUCUUCGUCGCCUUUACCGCCGCUCUGCCAUGGGAUGCCUACUUGAUUAAGCAAAAAGUAUGGUCUUACCCACCAGAAGCCAUUGUUGGGCCGCGUUUGCUUGGAAUCCCCUUUGAAGAGCUGUUCUUCUUCGUGAUACAGACUUACAUCACGUCGCUCGUGUACAUCCUCUUCAACAAACCGGUGCUGCACGCGUUGCACCUCAACAAUCAACAAAACCCGCCAGCAUGGAUGAGGGUUGCCAAGGUUACCGGCCAGGUAGUCCUCGUAGCCUUGUCGGUGUGGGGAUGGAAGGCCGCUCAGGUUCAUCAGGAAACAAGCUAUCUCGGCUUGAUCCUUGUUUGGGCUUGUCCGUUCUUACUGGCUAUCUGGACCCUCGCUGGGCGCUUCAUUCUCAGCCUACCAUGGUACGCGACGGUGCUUCCGAUGUUCCUACCCACCUUCUAUCUUUGGGCGGUAGACGAGUUUGCCUUGCACAGGGGUACUUGGUCCAUCGGAUCGGGGACGAAGCUCGAUUUUUGUCUGUUUGGCAAGUUGGACAUUGAAGAAGCCACGUUCUUCCUGGUGACCAACAUGCUCAUCGUUGGCGGUAUGGCCGCGUUCGAUCAAUAUCUGGCCGUCAUUUACGCUUUCCCAACUCUGUUCCCCAAGGUCAACCGGUAUCCGACACCUCACAUGCUUCUUCAAAGCCGUCUUAUCAACACUUCCAGGUACGAUCUUGAGCGCAUUGAGGGCCUGAGAGAAGCGGUCGAGAGACUGCGCCUGAAGAGCAGGAGUUUUUACCUGGCCAAUUCGCUCUUUUCUGGUCGACUCCGCAUUGACCUGAUCCUGCUGUACUCCUUCUGUCGCCUGGCUGAUGAUCUAGUCGACGACGCCAAAUCCCGCCGCGAGGUCUUGUCCUGGACCGCGAAGCUGAACCACUUCCUUGAUCUGCACUACAAGGACUCGGACGCCACCGAGGACCCCAAGAAAAAAGGGGAGCGAAUCGACGCCUACAUCAAGACAGCGUUCCCUCCCUGUGCCUACCAAGCCCUCCACCUCCUGCCCACUCACAUUCUUCCUCCCAAGCCUCUGUACGAUCUCAUCAAGGGUUUCGAGAUGGACUCACAAUUCACCUUCCACGGUACUUCCGACUCUACGGAUCUCCAAUACCCCAUCGCCGACGACAAGGACCUUGAGAACUACGCUAUCUAUGUCGCCGGCACCGUCGGCGAGCUCUGCAUCGCCCUCAUCAUCUACCACUGCCUGCCAGACAUGUCGGACACUCAGAAGCGCGAGCUCGAGACCGCCGCGUGCCGGAUGGGCAUCGCGCUGCAGUACGUCAACAUCGCUCGCGACAUCGUCGUCGACGCUCGUAUCGGGCGCGUUUACUUGCCUACCACCUGGCUCAAGAAGGAAGGGUUGACGCACAAGAUGGUCUUGGAGAACCCCGAGGGUCCCGAGGUCAUUGAGCGGAUGAGAAGACGGCUUUUGGAAGAUGCGUUUGAGCUGUAUGGGGGCGCGAGGCCUGAGAUGCAACGGAUACCGAGCGAGGCUAGGGGCCCGAUGAUUGGUGCCGUUGAAAAUUAUAUGGCGAUUGGAAGGGUGUUGAGGGAGAGGAAGGAGGGGACGGUGUUUGUGAGGAAGGAGGGGAGGGCUACGGUCCCGAAGCGAAGGAGGUUGAGCACGCUGUUGAGGGCGUUGUAUGAGCAGUAGAUGAUGGUGGUGGUGGUGAUGGUGGUUGGUGGUGUUAGGCUAGUUUGAUGUGGUGUGGUCCGGCAUAGAAGGUUUGAUGACUUAAGAGUUCCUUUUGUUGUCUGUAUAUAUCGUCCUCUUUAUGUAUAGAGAAAAGCUGAUGACUCGUGGGAAAUUAUAUGAGAUGUUAGAAUCCUGGAAGAAGUGCGAGUGAACAAUGAGGGUUGAGACCCAGGUGGUUCAGAUAAGAUGAGGCGAUAUCAGGAUGUGGUCGAGACUGAGCACAUUCCGGAUGGUGGAUAUUGAUUACUUGCAGUGCGGUGCGCUGCAUAGUUAUGUGCGAUUUAC